UUGGAGACAAAGUGUCAGGGGACUGUCAACCAUCUCUUUGAAUUUUGGUGUAAAAUUGAGAGAGUUUGUCUUGUUAGAGAGUGAGGAAAAAAGUUCUAGUAGUUUUUGUAAGUAAGCAACUUUUUUUGCUCAACAUCCAGACAACCAUGGAGCGGGGAUUACCCUGUUGGACGUCGCUCUGGGGAAAGAAGUCCGUGUUUUGGUUUUGCUCGUUAUUCUUUUACAUAACUGGAGGUGACGGCGACAUGUCUCACGCUCACCCCACAAUGGACGUUUCAGCUCCCCACCUGCACUACACCUGUCCCGAGGGUGCAAAUGCCAAACUGUUGUGUUCCCAGAGAGGUGCCGCCCUGCACACCGAUGAUGUCUUGAGGCACAGUUGGCUUUUCACGCCCCACAUGGAUCAGCACUGUUCGGCACGGGCGCACCCGCGUCAUAUUGGCAAUCACAGCUUGCCGCGAGGGCUGUCAUUUGGAGCUGAAGAGCACACCUUCUGGGUGCUUCUGGAGAAUGUGACCCCCAGUGACCAGGGUCGCUACUGCUGCAUGGUCCUAGACAUCCAACAUAAACACAUUGUGCAAAGACCCCACAGCCAUGUUCUUCUCAGCAUUACACCACGGAGAAAUGGAUCUAAAUGCACUGUCUGGGAUAACCAGACACCUGACGGCUCCGUGCCAGUGGCCUUGGCCGUUGCAGCCUGCAUCUUGGCUCUGCUGUCUCUGCCUCUUAUUCUGGUGCUUGUGUACAAACAGCGGCAGAACGCCCAGUCGAGCAGACGUGCACAAGAGCUGGUGAGGCUGGACAGUCAGGCUCAAGGCCAUGAGAACCCUGUGUUUCUUGGGGGAUCGCCGCAGAUUAAGACCCGUACCGUUUCUCAGAUCAUGACCAGGCAAUCUUCAGAGACGGGACGCCACCUGUUGUCUGAGCCGGGAACCCCUUUUUCUCCCCCUGCACAUGGGGAUGUGUUCUUCCCAAUAGAAGACACCAUCCUGGAGUCUCCAGACUUCAUGCAGGUUUAAAGGGGCUCCAGACCUCGUUCAUCGCUCUAACUGCUGACCUGGAAACAGUCCUGCAACUCUCUUCCUCUUCUUUCUGCCUCCAGACCAAUGUUGCCCUCAUCAGCUGUCUCACAAUAACCUCUGCUGGGAUUGUCGUCUGUACACUGUCUGGACCGCAGGAGGGAACGGACUGCGUUUUUUUUUAUACAAAAACUAUUUCCACCUGCAACAACAGCUGGAAGCCAAAAGCAAACUCUUGCUUGUGUGCACAUGUGUUGUGGCGGGGGCUGGGUUUGUGUGUUUCAUCUACACACUGGAUUCUUCUCAAGCAGCAAGCACCUGUUGGUCCACCAGUGUUGAGGGUGAGGGUCCCGUCAUGUGCAGGGGUGGCAUGUUAAAGUGAUAAAAAAGCUUCUGUGGACUCAAGGGCUGCUUUCACAGCCAACUUGUUUGGUCUGGUCCAUUUAGGCUGCUGUGUUAUUCAAACCUUGAUACAGACCAAAUGAAUGCAGUCUAACUGGUGCAGUUAGUUGGUGGAGGAAGACAAAGCAGAGCAGCCACAAAAUUAUGUUGAAAAAUGUAUAAUUUUUUGACAAUAAUUUCAAAAUCCUUGACGUAUAAAAUUGACAAUCCAUUUGCUGGUUAUUAGAACUGUCAAAGAAACAAUUUGUGAUGUAUUGACACAAGAUAAUUUGGCUACCAUGGUAACCAUGGUAUAAACAGUUAUGUAAUACACCAGAAAAGGAAAAGGGGUUUAAACAAAAGUGUGUCACUUAUGUCCAACAAACUGUCACAGUGAUAAAUACUAUUUAUCACAAGUUACCAGAUUUAUUCAUUUUCACUUCCUGGUCCAUGUAGUGUUGAUAAGAACUGAUGACAAUCACCAAAACUGUCCAGUAAGGGACUUAUCUGUCAGUUCACGUAGCAUCAUGUUUUCAUGUCUUGUUGUAAUAAUUCAGCAGCAACAAAAGACAACAAUGUGUCUUUUUAAAAACAGAACCACAGGUGUGAAAGACUCUCUCAUCCCUGUCAUUGUAAUAAAGUGCUUGGAUAGCUUCAUGCCAAAGGAGAAUCAGGCUGCAGAGAAGUUUCAAUAUUCCUGUACAAGUUGAGAGUAAUUGUUUAUGGCAUUAUACUGUUCCUCUGUAUCAUUUCCACUUGGCCUCAGCUUCUUUUCUCUUCCCUCUUUGCUACCUCAGUUACUGUCAGCUCUGCUGCUCUAAAUACUCUCUUUCCUUCUCAGAAAUGCAGCACUUCACAGUGGCAUAAAAUAUAUAUAGAAAGUAUUUAGAAAAAAAAAAGUUAGUUAUUUUGUUCACAGUUUUUCAUGACUGUCAUUCAUGCUCAUGUACAGUUUCAUAAUUAAGAAUCACUUAGAAAAAAAAAAGAUUUUUCUCGAAUGUAUCCCAACAGAUUCUUAGUUAAAAAACAGCAUUGUAAAGCUGCCAACAGUUUAAUCACUGCCAUCUCAACACUGUUUUGAAGCACAAUCCUUAUGUUCUGUUUUCAUGUGUCUUGAUUUUACUGAUGGUCGUGCAUAUAAGUGCUCAUUCCUAUUUUUUCUGUGUGCAAUGUAAGGGUUAAUAAGUAAGUACUAUUAGCACCUGUGGAGUAAUGGCAUUGAAAUUUUAUCAAGAUAGAUUGAGGGGAAAAAGGGAAAUCAUUGUAAAUGUUUUAAUCUUACAGGCUGGGUUUCAUUGUGAGUAAGCCCUGGUGGUUUUUUCAUAUUGAGGUAAAAUGUGUACAGCAGGUGCUAAGCGGAAAUCAUCUCCAAAUGAUGUGUAGCAGGUGUAUAGGACAGGGUAUUAUGUUUGCAAAGUGUGUGUGUGUGUGUGUGUGUGCCCAUGUGUGUGCCCGUGUGUUUGCGUGGGGGGUGUUAGUUUCAAAAUUAACAUUGUGGUCUGGUUUGAAUGUGUGCAUACUUGCAUGCAGUUCUGUUCUGCAUCCGUGUGUAUGCAAUGUUGUGUUUUUAUACUGUAAAAAGCUUGUGUUAAACACAGACAUUCUGUUCUGUGUAUUGCAUUUCAGUUGUCUUGGUUGUAGAUUGUAUAAUAAAGCUCUUAAACCUUAAA